AUGUUUUCCGUCUGCAGAAGAGGUCCCGCCUCAAUAUCUAGAGCCCUUCGCGCAGUCCCUUCAACCAUUCGAAUUCCUUCAACCAGACCUUCAACUCUUUCUCUCAUUUCGCAAAAGACCUCUUUACCAGUUUUGGAGUCAAGAUGGUUACAUGUAUCCUCGGCUUCACAAUUACAAAGUGCUGCCACUCAAGAAGCUGCCGUCGUUCAAGAAAAUAAAGUCAUUAAUCGUUUCGAUGAACUCACCAAAUACGGUCUGGUUCAUCCAAAUGUUGUCAAUGAAAUCACUCAAACCAUGAAACUCGAGACCAUGACAGAGGUCCAAACUUUGACUAUUAACAAGGCUUUACAAGGACAUGAUAUUAUUGCACAAGCACGAACUGGUACCGGAAAGACAAUUGGUUUCUUACUUCCUACUAUUCAAAAUAUCCUCGAGAAGAGUCCUGAGCUUGCAUCUCGUCAACGUUAUUCCAGAGCAAGAGCUUCUGAUAUCCGCGCAAUCAUUAUUUCACCUACCCGUGAAUUGGCAGAACAAAUUGCUGUCGAAGCGGUCAAGAUUACAAGAAAUACAGAUCUGAUUGUACAAGUUGCAGUCGGUGGAUCGAGCAAAAGAGAGAUGCUUAGAAAAGUUCAACGUGAGGGUUGUCAUAUCCUUGUCGGAACCCCAGGAAGACUUCAAGAUCUUUUGACCGAUGAAUACAGUCAAGUAUCUGCUCCGGGAUUAACAACUUUGGUUCUCGAUGAAGCCGACAGACUUUUGGAUGAUGGAUUCUCUAAGGAUAUUGAUAACAUUCAAGACUUCUUACCCAAACGAAACGAAGUUGACCGACAAACAUUAUUAUUUUCCGCCACCGUUCCAAGAGAGGUUAUGGGUCUCGUCAGAAGAAUCUUGAAACCAGAUUAUAAAUUCGUCCAAACCGUUAAGGCAGGAGAUGUAGCCACACACGAAAGAAUCCCUCAAAAGGUUGUCACUACUACUGGAAUGGAGAACAUCAUGCCAGCGUUGGUCGAAAUUUGCAAGAAAGGAAUUGAAAAGGCUAAUACCGAAGGUUCCUCUCCAUUCAAGGCUAUCGUAUACUUCAACUCAACCGCGAACGUUCAAUUGGCUGGAGAGAUCAUGAAAGGAAUAGAUUCCCUUCAAUCAAUUGAUGUUUCUGCUAUUCAUGGCAAGCUCACACAAGAAAGAAGAACUAGAGUUACAGACAGAUUCCGUCGUGCCACGUCUGCUGUCAUGUUGUCCAGUGAUGUUACAGCUAGAGGAAUGGAUUUCCCCAAUGUUACUCACGUCAUUCAAGUCGGUAUCCCUAGAGACAGAGACACAUACAUUCAUCGUGUAGGACGAACUGGAAGAGGAGGCAAGGAAGGAGAAGGAUGGCUCUUAUUGACAAAAUCUGAAGUCGUAGGAGCUCGUCGAACAUUGUCUAAUCUUCCGAUCACAUCUGAUCGUACACUCGAGACCCCCUUUGUCGAUAUGAAACAAGAUGCUCAAUUACCAUCCACUACCGCAGAAAUCCUUAAUGAAGUCGGUCAAGCAACAAAGAGAGUUGACCGUGAGAUCAAAGUCGACGCAUACAUGGGUGCUCUUGGCCAAGGUCAGAAGGGUGCAAACCCUAGGGCAAUUUUGGAAGACAUGAACAACUGGACCAAAUUUGGUUGGGGUUGGGAGAAACCUCCUAUGAUUGGCCCUGGCCUUGCACGCAAAUUGGGAAUUGAUAGAAUCCCCGGCGUUAACAUUGGACAUGAACCUCGCGAGGAUGAUGGCGACUUUGGUAGUGGACGAGGAUUUGGAAACAGUGGUGGAGGACGAGGAUUUGGAAGCAGCAGUGGUGGUGGUGGUGGUGGUGGUGGAAGAGGAUUUGGAAGCAGUGGUGGAUCCAGUGGAGGAAGAGGAUUCGGUGGUGGCCGAGGUGGUGGAAGUGGAGGUGGUAGAGGAUUUGGUGGAAGAAGUGGUGGAAGAAAUGGUGGAAGUGGUGGAAGAAAUGGUGGAAGCGGUGGAAGAGGAUUCGGUGGUGGUGAUAGAGGUGGUUCCAAAGGAGGAUUUGGCUCAUCUUCAAGUUUCUAA